CUGGGUAUGCGGUGGGAGCCAUAUUUUUCCAAUAUCAGUUACGCGAAAAACAGCGUAGCGUACGGCGGAUCAUCCGGCGGGCAUGGCAUUUCGAUCGGCGGUGCCGCGCGUUGUCCGUGUCAGCCGGUGGUGAGUGAUCGCGCGCGCGUCAAUCGCAAGGACAACGAACGCAGUGCGACGCGCGAGCGUCGGAGCGUCGCGCGCGACCAUCGCUCGUCGCAAAAUAAUACAUAAUAAUAAUCGAGCGCGCGAGCGAGACGCGAGAGAAACGGAGUAGCGCGGAGCGCGCAGGUGUUUGGCUCGACAAGAGGGUUAGUUAACUCGACCCGAGUUCGCAAACGCGCUGGUAGUAGUGAUGAUGGUGGUGGUAGUAGAAGAGUAAUAGUGGUCGUUGGUAGUGGUGGCCGCGGCACGAGGCAGUGGUAAUGGUGGUGGUGGUAAAAGAGUGGUGGUGGUCGUGAUGCUGCUGCUGCUGCUGCUGUGACGAUGACACAGCGUCAUAACACGACGUUCGUCCGUCCGUGCGCGAUUUAACCCGAAUCGUUACGCCGCCGGUGUUUUUUUUUUCUCCUCUCGAGCGCGUUCGCGCCAUAUUACCGAUCGAGCGCCGACUCGAGACGACUCGAGCCGACUCGUCCCGCGACUCGGCGCGAUUAAACCGCAGUCAGUGCCGAGGGAGAUGGCUCGUCGUCCGGCCGCGACAUCGCGAGGCUCGCGGGAUCCAGGUUUCUCGUAACGCGCGACGUUUUCUUCGCUCCCGGCGACCAAGUGCGGCGUACACAAGUGCGAAUCAUCGCGGCGUCAUUGACACGACCUCGCGGUGCGUCGACUCUCGUAAAGUGAGGUGCGCGAAUUAACAUCCAGUCGGACUUUCGGGUUCGAUUGAACCGCGACGCAGGUGCGCGCCGAUGCGCGCGCGAAGCGACGUGAAGUGCGACGCGGGUGUGCGAUAACGUGGAAUCUCGCUCCGUCGGGUGGGUGGCGCGGACCGUCACCUUGAGUCGCUCGAGCGAGACCUUGCGUUCUCCUCUCUUCACUCGCGGAGGACGCGGCUCGCGCCUACGCGCCGGCUGACGACGAGUUUCGAGCGAACUUGGCAGCGGCAGUCGCGACCUUCGGAAACGAACAUGCCGCGGAACGAUUCGCGACGCACAUUCGCGACGCGGCAAAAGGAUUCGGCGCCGCGGGCCCGCCGUUUUUGAGAGAGGAAGCCGGCCGACCCCGAUGGCGGCAUCUCGAAUCGCGUUCGCGUUCGCGUGUGUCGACGUAUCGCUCGGAGCCGCGACAUUUUGACGAGCGUGCAUCCAUCUUCGUGGGAAGGAGGAGGAACGAGAGAAGAUAAGCAGCGAGCCGAGCGGGAGGAAAACGGUCGUCGGCGCGUCUCGCGCCAUGCACGGCGAUCCCCGCCGCGUCAAGGAGGUUAGACGGCCAUUGACCGGCGAGCACCGGCAGCGCGUACUACGCGCGGCGAACACGCGCCGGCUUUGAGUUACGAUCGCUCCGAAUCGGAGCCGCGCGAAUCGCGUGUUAUGUCGCGCUACGCGCGAGACAAGGGCGAACCAUCGGCAACGUCGUCGUCGUCGUCGAGCGCGUGAGGAUCGCGCCCCCGGAGGAUGCGGCAGGACCCGUCGCGAGCUACGUGCCACGUUGUGCCAGGGAUGUUGUCGUGGGGGUCGUCGGGGUCAUCCGCAGCGCUGCUGGACCUGGACCAUGGCCGGCAAGCCUGAGCAGCCGUCCACGCUCCCUGCUCCCCCGAGUCACGGCCAUCAGCAUCACCAGCAACAACAACAACCGCAGCAAUCGCCGCAUCAAUCGCAGCAGCAGCAGCACCAAGGUAUACAGCAAAACAGCGUCCUAGUGUACGUGUCGGGGGAGAACUUGGCGUACGCCACGGCGGUGGGUCAGAAUGUCGCCGCGACCGCUGCUGCCGCUAUCGCGGUCGGUUAUCAGUCGCAACCGCAGCAGCAGACGACGACGCAAUACGCCAACAUCUUGCAGGCGCCGCAGGUGGCGACGGCGCAGGCGGCCGCGACGACCUUUCCCGCCAAAACCGCCGUAUACCGCGCCGACGGAGGAAACGUCCCCGCCCCCGCGAUCGGCUGUUGCCGUCUGAAACCGUCCCUCGAGACGACGAUGACGAUGACGACGGCGACGGCGACGACGACGGCGGCGACCACGGUCAAUAGCAGCGCGGACGGCGGCGAGGCCAAGCGAGCCUCUUCCCUCGGGAUGGUCGGCAACGACGAAGACGACGAGGACUACGCGAUGCUGUAUCGACAGGCCACGCUGGGCCACGCGACCUGCACCACGCCGGCGAUGACGACCAUGAUGACGUCGCGCGAGAACAAGCGAGCGUCCGAGAGCGAAGACUCGACGACGGACGGUCUCGGCAACGACCUCGUGGGACCCGGCGCCAACGCGUAUCAGGCGCGACUCCAGCACGGCGACGUGUACUCGGCGAGGAUGAGCAGCGAGACGUAUAACGCCACGACGGCGAGUAGAAUCGUCGCGCGACCGAACCCCGGUGACGUAGGACUCCUCGGCGACGACGGUUGCGUCGCGUACGGUACGUCGACGUCCGCCGAGCAACAGGCCGUGGACGACAAGGCCCGGCAGCGGGACAAUUUCGAUAAUCAGCAGACCGCUUCCUCGGUCUCGUCGGCGUCGAGCGCGACGGUUCGCGGGCUCGGUGAUAUCGGUAGUGGUGCGGUGAUCGGUGCUUGCGACUCGAUACGAUCCGACGAAUCGUCGACGACUUACAGCAGCCUCAGCAGCCCUGACGAGAGUCAGAGUCAUCAGCAGCCGAUGGGACAGCACGACGGUGUUUUGCCGGCGAGUAACAAUCAUCCCGGAGGUGGUAGUGCGUGCGCGCAGCAGGCUGCGCGCCAGCAGCCGCCGUUGCGUGUCAACGCUACGAACAAUAACGGUAGUAACGGUGUGCAGCAUAAUGCGCUCGUGUUGACAAUGAACGGCAGUGCGGUGAUUACGCAGCAGCAACAGCAACAACAGUCGCCGGCGAUCACUGUGCCACGUGGAUGGAAAAGGAUAUGCACCAACGGGGUCAUCAUUUACAUCAGUCCAAGCAGUACGGCGCUGGGUUCGCUGGACCAAUUGAAGGAGUAUCUAACAACAGUGGGAACCUGCAAAUGCGGUCUCGAGUGCCCGCUCAGACCCGAACAGGUCUUCAACUUUGAUCCCAAGGUUGCGACACGACCUUGGAGCCCGGAUCAGGGCAAGACGCGCGAGAUGACCAAGCUCUGCAAUCAUAAGAGGAAACUUUUGCUGCCGUCCGCGGCCGCCAGUCCUGUUGCGUCCUGUACACCGGCGGUCUCAUCGUCGACUUUAUCUUCUGGCCCGACAACGACCUCGAUUCACGCGAACGCCGAUUCGCCCACAUCGCCGGAUAAAGCUAGAAAAGAUGGUCACAGCAAGAAGAAGAAGAGGAAACUGGGAGGCAUAGGCGGCAUUUAUUCCGGCGUCUCGGUUUCGCAACUUCUGGUACAACGGGAAAGAGCUAUUGCCGCGGUCGCGGCUUCUGGAGUUCAAGGUUCACCGGUGCCUAAUGGAUCGCAGGUAUGGCCAAUCACGAUCCCGAAUCUGCAAGUCCAACAAAACGGCCAACAAAUCUGUCAUCAGUCUUUAAAUUCGCCUUCCCAGAAUCAUGAUGUAAACAAUUGUGCAAGAAAUCCUCAGCAGAGGUUAAACCAACACAAUAUGUCGGGCAUGCUGAUGAACAAUCCGCUGAUAAUGAAUCAGCAGAGUACAAAUUACAAUAAUAUGACUCAACAACAACAGCAGCUUUUACAACAACAACAACUUAUCCUACAGCAGCAGCAACAGCAUCAACAACAGCAACUAAUUCAGCAGCAUAUAUCGCAGCAACAACAAUCGCAGCAGUUGUUACCACAUCAGCAGCAGCUGCAACAUAUGCAGAUCUUACAGCAGCAACAGGAACAACAACAGCAUCAGAAUACAAUGGUAAAUCAAUUAGCGCAGCAGCAAGCUCCCCAUUAUAUCAAUCAGCUGAAUCAACAGUCGAUGCAUGUAAUGCAACAACAGCAGCAGCACUUGAAUUCGCAACAACAACAGCAGCAACAAUUGCAUUUGCAACAGAUUCAAAAGCAUAAUAUGCAACAACAACAGCAGCACUUGACUCAGGAAAUAGAUCAGCCGCAGUCGACAAAUUACUCUCAGCAUCCUGCUGAAAGUUACAUACAUCAUAUGCAAUCAUCGCAAGUGUCGAAUCAAGCUGCCCUUCAUCCGCAAUUGCAUCAAGUUCACCAGCAUCAGAUGCAGCCGCAACAGCCUCAACAAAGUCAGCAUGCUAUGCAGCCACAAUCAUCGGAUCAUUUUCAGAUGCAGAUUCAACAGCAGUUGCAACAACAACAACAACAUCAGCAGCAGUUAUCGCAAGUUUGCAUUCAGCCGCAAUAUCCAAAUCAGCAAAUAAAUCAUCACUCUGUGGACGUUAUGCAGCAGCAAACUGGCUCUGCCAUUAUGACUAACAUCAAUGCUACUGACAUUCAAAAUAGGCACAAUCGAGCGUCAUCAAUUAAUGAUGAGGAUUUAAAUGCGAAACAGUUACAACAGCAGCAACAACAACAGCAACAACUUCUGUUACAUAAUCAUUCAUUGCAACGACAUCAUGUAGUUCAAAAUGGUUUGCCAAAUAAUUCUCACGAGAACGUUCAGAGAAUGUACGCGCAAAACCAAGUACAAUAUCCGAUGAGGAACUUUGAUCCUUCGAAAGGGACAAACACAGAUGCAAAGAUGGGACAUCAACAGCAGUUCGUUUUAUCCAAUCACACGGGAAGAAGCCCGAAUACGACUCACGCCGUUGAGGCGCAGCAGUCUGGUAUGGGACCAAAUGGGCAGCCCGGCAACUUGCAUUUUAACAAUAGAACACCACCAUGGCAGCAGAAUCGUGCUGCGACCGUAUCCCAUCAACCGUCCCUCGUCACUGUGCAGAAUAUCACCUGCAACUCGUUUGAUCGCGUGCCACCACUUCAUCAUCACAUUCCACAGCCUUCCAACUGGACGGAUGAGGCUGCGCGAAAGAAAGCGAAAUCGAAUAAAAUAAUAGUAAAGAAACAGCGACAACACAGUGCCGUAGAAUCAAGAACAAAUAACGGAUUAGAACAUUCGGUAUCAAGUCCAGUAGAUGAGUUCAGCGAAAAGAAUCAGCAAAAUAAUAAUCAGAUAGGUUCAACGUUCAAUAGCAGCGGUCCUUCGUUCCUAGAGGAUCCCAGCGGGUACCUCGCCCAGCAGACGGCGCUGCUCAAUAGCACAAUAUCGAGACAAACCGGUGUCAGUAGCUCUCAAGUGGGCAUGUUGAACAACAAUCCGAAAGCGUCGCCUCAAGCCAAUCAUGGCAUGCAUGUCUCGAACACUUAUAAUUCUCAACCAAAGCCUUCCUCUAUCGCCAGUCCUACAAGUACCUCGUCGUCAUUUGCUUCUGUAAAGAAUCACGCGACUUCGCCGGUUGUCGUACACAGCAGUAUGACGCCUACAUCGAGCAACAAUGGCACAGAUUCCGAGAGCAGUCCGUGUCAAGGUUGCGUCACCAGUGCUGAUACACAGUCUUAUAUUCAAGAUCAAUAUAAGCAACAGAUGCAACGACAGUACCUGAUGAAUACGGAUCAGCGCGAAGAUCCUGUCACGUCGUCAACAUUCAGCGAACGAUAUCAAACGAGCAAUCAACAACAAAUUGACUCUAGACCAAUACAAGGCGGUACUGUGAGCACCAGUCAUGGAUCUCCUAUCGGUACGAAUAGUCCAGCUAAUUCGGAUACACCAACGGCUUCGACACCUGGGAUUUCGCAACCAGCAACUCCGCAGAGCCUUAUCUCAUCGCAACCAGCGACACCACAUAGUUAUUCGCAACCACCAACACCUCAUUCACACUUGUCAGGCCAAAUGCCCUCCCAAACAAUAACUCCACAAGCGCAACAACAGCCGUCGCAAUCCUUGAUUAGUAGUAACAUUCAAGAACAAAGAUCUGAGACUCCUAGUUCCGGUACAAUGAGUUCCAGCUGUAUUCCACCUAGCACAUCGCCAUCUCAGACGUCUUCCUCCGCAUCGGACAAUUUAACACCUCAAGUGAAACGACAAAUAACGAGUAGACAAAAUUCCUUGGACGGUUAUCAACCGCAUCCGCACGCUGUAAACGCAGUUUCUAGGAUAUCUAUGAACACUUUCGGUGGAACAUCAUCCGUGAUAACAACUAUGGCCAGUGGUCAUACAGUUAGCAGUAAUACAAUUACGUCUGUGUUAGCUGGAAGAGCGAAUACCGCUACCGUUUCCAUAAACACACCAUCUGCGAUACCGAAUCCCGCUAUACCUAAUCUUUUGCCGAAUAAGCCGCAGCAUCAAGCACAAUCUACGACAUUAACGAAUGUGCCAAGUGCUUCAGUUACCACUCAUUCCACUGUUUCGCACAAUCAAUCUUCGACAAUGGUGUCUAAGUCUCCGCUCGAAAUGGUCCAAAGUGUUGUCAGUAGCAUACAAGUACCUCAGACAAGUACGAAUUCGUCAUUGCAGCCGCAAACUCAACAGCAGCAGCAACAGCACCACCACCACCACCAACAACAACAACAGCAGCAGCAGCAGCAGCAGCAGCAGCAGCAGCAGCCACAACAGCAGCAUCCCCAAGCCAACGUUCAAGUUCACAACGUCCUCACUUCUGGUGGUAUAUUAAAACAUUCUGCCGGAUCGACGCUACCGCCUGGCCAUAUACUGGUAUCCAGCGGCGGUCAACUCAUCAUGGCGAGUACUGGGUCGGCUAUCAAUGGCGUAAUGGCACCUCCUCCACCGAAAAUCAUUUCCAAUGCCAGUUCUAUGCCACCGUUGUCGGUAUCACCGAUGGUUACUAGCGUGACUGGAGCCGUCAGCCAAGUGAUUCCUGCGGUAGCCCAACAAGUGAUAGGACAACCGACGGUUCUCGUGAAUACUAUUCAGACGCCAGUGCUAAUUCAGCCUAGCGUGAUGACGAUGGACGGUAUAGGUCAGAAUGUGCAGAUACCGCAUUUAACGGUUGCUACCGGCAACGUUAUACAAAACACUCAGUCAAUCCUCGACACAAAUCAGGAUGUAUCUAGAACUGUCAAUGCCAAUCAAGGUAUGACGAUAAAUCGACAACCGGCAUUAUUAUCGCCGGAAUCAGCGAUGACCAAGAAGAAAGGAUAUAAGAAGCGAAAAGCGAAUCCGCAGACCGUAGCAUCGAUGCUGCACAUCGCUUCGUCCCAGCAAAACGCUGGUAUGCUAAUGCAAUCUCAGUCGAACUUUGCGCAACAGAACUUUCAGGCUCAGAGUAUAGGCGGGCCUAUGCUUCAGGCGUUAACUAUUGUACCUGGCAAAGGCGGAGCACCGGCACAAUUAGUCAUGAAUGGUCAGACUGGUGCGGCAUCUGCACAAUUUAAUGCUCAGCAAAUAAUUACGAAUCCUCAACCGACUCAGCAAAUAAAUCUUCUUCAACCAGUGAAUUUGUUGAACGGAGCGACUGGGAUGGUUCAAAAUUUCCCCACUAUUCAGCAGUUUAUCGUGCCUGGUUUAGGUAGCAUGGUUAUGUCUGCUGAUGGAACGGCCACAUUGCUGCAGGAUACGGGCAACAUUGGGAUGCAGCUUCAGAUACAGAAUGUCAAUGGACAGAAUGUGUUGACACCGGUGCAGAGUCAUGGUAGUAUAUUCAAUCCCAGUCAAAGUAUAUUGGCUGCCGGUCCAGCUGGUAUGGUAAUACGAGCACCGCAAGCGACUAGUGGAAAAAUAAUUCAGCAGCACAGUCCGGGAGCACAAUUUCUUUCACCAAACAGUGGCCAGUUUUUGGUAAAUGGAACAACAUCUUUCGGAAAUCAACUAAGUCCAAUAGUAGCAAAUGUCAGUCCGAAUCAGCAAGUAACAUUCAAUACCUCACAAGUGAGACCACCGAACAUGCAGGGUCAACAGGAAUUCAUACAAAUGAAUGGGCAAACUCUUAUGGUACCUUGUGCUACCGCGCAAAACAUUGCCGUUUCCUCGGCAUCGAAUCAACAGAAUACAACAUUCGUCCAGCAGAAUACGACGAUCGUACAGCAACAAACGACUAUGGUGUCUAAUAAUCAGAUACCAAAUUUUCAAAGCGCAACUUCUAACGGUGGACAAGCGGUCGAACCUUCUUUAAAUCUCGAUCAGAAUCAAUCGUAUAUCCUGAGCUCCGGUAUGAUUCAGGGAAAAGCGGCAUCAUCUUCCCCUAAGAGCGGAAUAAAUUCGCCAUCGUCUGAUCAGAAUAUCGAGCAGCAGCAAUAUGUACUCGCUAGUAGUAGCACGACCGUUGUGGAAAAAACGGCUCAACAAAAUGAACAACAUAGUCCGCUUAUGGCAAGGCAUUCAGUAUCUACGCAAACUGCCGGAAAUCAAACCAAUGUGGUACAAUCGGCGAUGAUGCGGCAAGGAUCGCCACCGGAUACGACUACUCAUAGUCCUGGAAAUAGUCAGAGAUCCAAUAGUCCGGCCGUGGACACUACUACACACGGUGCAGCUUCGCCAGCGCCUCCAAUCACUGCUAGACAUCACUCGUCGUCUACGCCUAUGGUUCAUUGCGUUUCGAGCAGCGAACCGGAUUCGGGCGAUGUACAGGUAGCAUCGGAAGAUUGGAGAAUGCAAAGUAUCGCCACCAAGGAAAUCACGUUGAAUCAACCGAGCUUGCACGGAAAGACUUACGUGGAGUCGACAGUGACCACUGGGAUCCAGAUCUAUACGUCAGAGACGUUGAAGCAAGCCGAAGGUGUGGUGAGCACGGUGAGGUGCGAGGGCAGGGAACAUGCCCUCGGCCGCGGAAUCAAGCGAAAGCUGGACUCCAUCCAUUCCAUGCAUUCUACUCUGCAUGAAGACCAAGAUGUAGCCGAGACAAAGGACUUAGACGACGGAAACCAUGAACAAUGGAAACUGAUGGUCGGUGACCUAGUGUGGGGUGCAGCAAGAGGAAGCCCGGCCUGGCCGGGAAAAGUCGAAUCUUUGGGCCCUCCGGGUACUAAGACGGUUUGGGUCCGGUGGUACGGGGGCGGGGGUGGUCGCACCCAAGUCGAUGUCAAGGCCCUCAAGUCCCUCUCCGAAGGCCUCGAGGCGCAUCAUCGCGCCCGUAAAAAGUUUAGGAAAAGUCGUAAAUUGAAUAUGCAAUUGGAAAAUGCGAUACAAGAGGCGAUGGCGGAACUGGACAAGAUGACGGAGGCGUCUAGCGACCACAAAGACUUGAAAAAGUCGCCCAAAGUGACAUCAUUGCCAGCAACCAGUUCAAAGGGUAUCAAUGGCGCUGGCAAAUCGGAGGCCAAGAGAUCAUCGAAAAGGGCAAUCAUGGACCAUGCCAAAGCCGAACAGAAACAAUGCCGGUGAUCCGUGUUGAUCAUGGUUGUUUAAUCAUGGGUGUCAGUGCAAACAUCCGUGCGAUCGACACUACAUUUGUCGUAAAUCGCAAAGUAUCGAAGAUCUUUGUGCGGAAAUGUAAUUUUUAGUCAGCUUUCCGUUUAAUAAAUUAUUAAUAAAUUCUCACACAAAUUGUACACGUCCUAUAAAUUACCAAUAUACUUCCGUUUGCUUCAUAAUUAAUGAUUGAUUAAUUAGAUAGAAGUAAUUGCGAAAUAAGCGAUUUUGAAGCAGGUACAAUUCAGUGCGAUUUAAUUUAAUCACGGUAAAUUUUAUUACACACAUAACGAUUCUAACGUGACAAAUUAAGUAAGAUGGUGCAAAAGUACGUGAUGUUAACGUUGAUACGUGAUAAAUGAUGCAAAAAUAUUAUUUAAAUGAAUCACUUUGAAAGUAUAUGAAUAUACAGUCAUAUAUGUUUCGGUGAUCGUUCACUGUGAUUUGCUACAUUCGAACAAUCGGAAUUCUUUGUAAAAUCAUUAUAAGAAUUUCAUCUCUGAGCAAAAAGAAGAGAUUGUACAAUCUUAUCUCUCUCUAAAACUUUUUCCCAUUCCUAUAUAUAAAUAUUACGCUUUAGGACGCUCACACAGCAUCGUAUGAUUAUGUGAAAAGCGUCUCCGAUAACAUAAUCAAAAAUUUUGUCCAUGAUUAAAUUGAAAGAAAUGCUUUUGAUGGAUACCAGAAACGAUGGCCAUGAGAAUGCAACGCUAAACAUAGAACUGUAUUACAACAAUCUCAUAUAACAGUAACAAGCAUUUUUCUCUUUUUUCUAUAAAAUUAAUUGACAAAGCCUAAGUAAUAUCUGCUGUAAUAUUUUUUGUGCAUUCUGUUUUAUGACGAAUAGCAUCUGUUUAAUAAAGAAAUGGUCAGGCAUGUAAAA